AUGAAGUGUCAGCGGACAUACUCUGUAAAGAAAGAGGGUGGCAGUCCAAAUGAAGCCUCGGUACGGGAGUCUCGGAGGCGAUUGAUGUGGGCUUGCUACAUGAUCGAUGUCUGGGCCGGCAGUGGCGUAGAUCACCUCACCAUCCUCAACGAGAAGGACCUGAAGAUUCAACUUCCAUGCAACGAACGGCAGUUCCUCCUUCAGAUUCCCGUUGUUACAGAACGCCUCCAAGAAGGGGACAUCAUCGACUUCAUCCCGGCCGAGGACAUUCCCGAGAAGCCCAAGGAAAACUUAGGAAUGGCAGCAUACUACGUGCGUAUUGUCAGUAUAUGGCGACGAGUAUUACGCUUCGUGAAGCACCUGGACGAAGAGCAACCUCCGUGGAUGUCAGGUUCUGGGUUCGCUUAUCUGGUCAGCGACAUCCAGUCUUGGCGUCAGAGCCUUCCGUCAUGGCUUGACUUCUCGGCAGAUAACAUCUACAUUAGGCGCGAGUCGCAUCAGCUGGGCGCGUUUCUCCUGAUCCAUUGCAUGUACCAUCAUGUAAUGUGUGAUGUGCAUCGCAUCGCGCUCCCAGACCUUUACAAACAUCAGGAGCCCUUCGUAUUCCCUCCAGAACAACGAAGCUUCGUGGAUCACCUGCAGUCUGUUUGCUUCGAUCAUGCGCAACAGCUGUCCGUGCUUGUUUCGACAAUACUGCAACAUGGUGUUAAGCACUUUGCGGACUCCAUCUUACCCUCUUUUGUGUACAACAGUAGCCGCAUCAUGCUCUACUACAUCGCUCGCAUCCUGGACUUCUCAAAGCCCAAUGCAAGCGUAACUAUCAACCGGGCAAUUGAGCUAGUGCAGCAGAACAACAAGGCACUCCGCGAGAUGACACUCAUGUACCCACUUGCCGAGACCCUAUGCCUCACUACCGAGCGCUGGCUUGAGCAAGUACGAACAAGUUUGGCACGAGGCCAUGCAACAACCUACAUUGCUCCACAAGAUCCGUCCGAGAAUGAGGCGCGGCGGGUCGUUGGCGCACCUGGUGCCGGUCCUGUUGCACUCAGACAGCCCAGUCCUGGUCUAUCAGCGAUAUCGCCGAUGGGAGAGAGCAUCCCAGGCGAGUCGCCGACGCCUUCUCAGAUCGUGACCAACGGGUUUGGGUUCUCUGGGGCCACACCUCAAGAUCUGUCGCCUAGCUUGGCUGCUCUGCCUGGUCUCUCGGGUCGCAUACCCGAUGUCAACAGCGCAUUGUACGCUUCGUCCACUGCGAGUAGUUCAGACCAGCCUGUCUUCAACCUGGAUGAUCUCCAGAACUUCUUCCAAUGGUCGGCUACCGGGGAUGAGAAUGCACAAUCCACCGGGUUCGAGGGGUUCGGGCCGCUUGGAUGGGCAAACAACUUUUCAAUCAUACCGGAGGAGGCGGACAAGGGCGCGUAUCCUGCUCAGAUUUGCAAGCCGAAGCCAAGCCGCGAGCCAGACUGUCAUGAUGUGGAAGGCUUCUGUUGUGCUGCAUGUGCGCAAAAGUUCUGGACACGAUUCCAGAACUUGCCAGCUGAACUUCGCGAGAUGGUGUACGUGCGCAGCUUUCAGGCUCUCCCCAAUAUCUCAGUCCCGUCGUCUACAGAACUCGGGAGCAACUCCUCACGCACGCCUGUUGUGCCUCCAGUAUGCUAUGUCAACAAAUCCGUGCUUGCUGAAUCGCUUCCAGCUAUAUUGGCUUCCGAUGGCAAGGCCAUUGUUGUUCAACACCAUCUUGGAUUGGAAGUGUUGAGCAAGUUCUUGGCUCGGGUGCCCGAUGAACGAACGAUCAAGAGCGUACAAGAGUUACACUUGCCAUGGGAAUACGCCUUCUCACCUCAUCUUUACCCUGGCACUCUAGACCUACCCUUUGCCUGCCAAGGAAGUGACGAGCUUCUUCAAGCUACGCCAGGUUUUUCGAGCUACCGAUGCUUCGAUCACUCACGAUUCGGUGCUGCUGAAGGAGAUCUCAUGGCCAAGCAAGUGGGGUGCAAACCAGAAGACAUCUUCGCCAACUUAGUCUCCGUUGCUUCAGCAGAGGCGGACAAGAAGUCGGCUGACUUCGAGCUAAUGUUCAAAUUCAACGAGUGGAGUGGUCAAGUCUGGGGCUUCUGUAGGUGGUCUUAG